GGACCCGCCUCCCAGCCGCGUCCCUGACUCCUCGCGGACGACAGCGGCGCCCGAGCCGUGCGUCCCCGCGCGCCCGCGCGCUGCCCUCCCUCCAUGGCGUUUAUCCGGAAGAAGCGGCGGGAGCAGCAGCUGCAGCUCUACUCCAAAGAGCGAUUUUCCUUGCUCCUACUUAACUUGGAGGAAUACUACUUUGAACAACACACAGCUAAUCAUAUUCAGAACAAAGGCGGCCAGUAUGAAAGGAAAAUCAGAGGCUCCUUAAAAAUAUGUUCAAAAUCAGUUAUUUUUGAACCAGAUGUAAUAUCCCAGCCCAUCAUUAAGAUUCCUUUGAGAGAUUGCAUAAAAAUAGGAAAACAUGGAGAAAAUGGAUCCAAUAGACACUUUGCAAAGGCAAAAUCCGGGGAGAUUUCACUCAUUUUCAGUCAGGUGUAUUUCAUUAAAGAACACAACAUUGUUGCCCCAUAUAAAAUAGAAAGGGGCAAGAUGGAGUAUGUCUUCGAACUGGAUGUUUCAGGGAAAGUGGAAGACGUGGUGGAGACCUUGCUUCAACUUCACAGAGCAUCCUGCCUGGACAAACUAGGGGACCAAACUGCCAUGAUAACAGCUAUUUUGCAGUCACGUUUGGCUAGGACGUCAUUUGACAAGAACAGAUUCCAGAGUGUUUCUGAAAAGCUGCACAUGGAAUGCAAAGCAGAAAUGGUGACACCGCUGGUGACGAAUCCCGGACACGUGUGCAUCACCGACACAAACUUGUAUUUUCAGCCUCUCAAUGGGUACCCGAAACCUGUGGUCCAGAUAACACUCCAGGAUGUCCGCCGCAUUUACAAAAGGAGGCACGGCCUCAUGCCUUUGGGCUUGGAAGUGUUUUGCACAGAAGACGACCUCUGUUCUGACAUCUACCUAAAGUUCUAUGAACCUCAAGAUAGAGAUGACCUCUAUUUUUAUAUUGCCACGUAUCUAGAGCACCACGUCGCAGAGCGCACGGCCGAGAGCUACACGCUGCAGUGGCAGCGCGGGCACCUCUCCAACUACCAGUACCUCCUGCACCUCAACAACCUGGCAGACCGCAGCUGCAAUGACCUCUCGCAGUACCCCGUGUUCCCGUGGAUAAUCAACGAUUACUGCAGCACCGAGCUGGAUUUGUCAAAUCCGGGAACUUUCCGGGACCUUAGCAGGCCGGUAGGGGCCCUAAACAAGGAACGGCUGGAGAGACUCCUGACCCGCUACCAGGAGAUGCCAGAGCCAAAGUUCAUGUACGGCAGUCACUACUCUUCCCCCGGCUAUGUGCUCUUUUAUCUUGUGAGGAUUGCGCCCGAGUACAUGCUGUGUCUGCAGAAUGGCAGAUUUGAUAACGCGGACAGAAUGUUCAACAGUAUUGCAGAAACUUGGAAAAACUGUUUGGAUGGUGCAACAGAUUUUAAAGAGUUGAUUCCAGAAUUCUAUGGUGAUGAUGUCAGCUUUUUAGUCAAUAGUCUGAAGUUGGAUCUGGGAAAGAGACAAGGAGGGCAAAUGGUCGAUGAUGUGGAACUCCCACCCUGGGCACGGAGUCCCGAGGACUUCCUUCAGAAGAGCAAGGAUGCGCUGGAGAGCAAUUACGUGUCAGAGCACCUCCACGAGUGGAUCGAUCUAAUAUUCGGCUACAAGCAGAAAGGAGGUGAUGCCGUUGAGGCCCAUAAUGUAUUUCAUCCCCUGACCUAUGAAGGAGGCGUAGACUUGAACAGCAUCGAGGACCCUGACGAGAAAGUGGCCAUGCUCACCCAAAUCCUGGAGUUUGGCCAGACGCCAAAACAGCUCUUUGUGACCCCACAUCCUCGACGGAUCACCCCAAAGUUGAAAACUGUCACCCAGACCUGCAGUCCUGAUGAUCCCACGGCAGAUUCUCCAGUCUCUCCAGGUGAAGAGUCUUUUGAAGACCUGACCGAAGAAAGUAAAAGCCUGGCCUGGAAUAACAUCACCAAACUGCAGUUACAGGAGCAAUAUAAAAUCCACAAAGAGGCAGUUACCGGAAUAGCUGUCUCUUGUAACGGGUCUUCCGUGUUUACAACCUCACAAGAUUCCACCUUGAAGAUGUUCUCCAAGGAAUCCAAAAUGCUACAAAGAAGUAUAUCGUUUUCAAAUAUGGCUUUAUCAUCUUGUUUACUUUUGCCAGGAGAUGCCACCGUCAUAAGUUCUUCGUGGGAUAAUAACGUCUAUUUUUACUCUAUAGCAUUUGCAAGACGCCAGGACACGUUAAUGGGACAUGACGAUGCCGUUAGUAAGAUCUGUUGGCAUGACAACCGACUGUAUUCAGCAUCGUGGGACUCCACCGUGAAGGUGUGGUCUGGUGUUCCUGCAGAAAUGACAUGCACCAGGAGACAGCAGUUUGACAUGCUGGCUGAGCUGGAGCACGAUGUCAGCGUAGAUACAAUUAGUCUAAAUGCUGCAAGUACACUGUUGGUUUCAGGCACCAAAGAAGGCACAGUGAAUAUUUGGGACCUCACUACAGCCACCAUAUUGCAUCAGAUCCCGUGCCAUUCAGGGACUGUAUGUGAUACUGCUUUUAGCCCAGACAGUCGCCAUGUCCUCAGCACAGGGGAAGAUGGCUGUCUAAACGUCAUAGAUGUGCAGACAGGAAUGCUCAUCUCUUCUCUGACUUCGGACGAGACCCAGAGAUGCUUUAUCUGGGACGGAAAUUCUGUUUUAUCUGGAAGUCAGUCUGGUGAACUGCUUGUUUGGGACCUGCUCGGAGGAAAAAUCAGUGAGAGAAUACAGGGCCAUGCAGGUAAGCAGUUAAGCAGCUGACUUCACCUUUCUUCCUAAAAUGCUGAACUCAAACUGCUUUUCCCAUCAGGAAGCAUACUCUUCCCAGGCAGAAAACACACCAUUUCCCUCCACACUGUCAGUGUUCCCCUCCAGCACCUUGGUUGGCCAGGUGGAGUCCUUUGGGACUGAGAUUUAUGUUGACAAGACAUUAGAUUCCAAAAAGGAAGUUUUUAUGUUAACUUCCACAUGGAGAAUUAAAAACCACAGUAAAAGCUGGAAUCAUUGUUUUAAAAAUACAGGCACAAAGUUUUAAUGAAACCCCAAACAACACAAAAAUUACAAUGAGAAAAUUACUACUGACUACACCCCAACCCCACUGUUCUCCUCCCUGAAUGAUACGUGUCCUGGAGUUGUGCCCUUAUUAUUGAGAGGGUAGGUUAUAGGCAUAUUAACUAUUCUGCCCGUUUGUUUUUUUUCCCACGUAGUAUCUUGUAGAGAUUCACUGCAUUUGCUUACAUUUGCAUGGUUGCCUCCUGAUCAUCUGGAAGAUUUUAUGGUUUUUAAUUCUUCUAAUAACUACAGUUCUAUGUAUCUAUUUACUUUCUACUGUGACCAGUAACUGCCCCCCCCCAUUCAGUCCUUUGCCUCUGUCACUAAGUUAUGUGGUUAUUUCCUAACAUCAUAAAGUGAUCUGUUUAGGUCAUCCUCAACUUACUGGCUUUAAGCAACAUUUAUUUGACUCCUUCCUGCAGAAAUGGAAUUAGCCAACUUCCACCAGCUCCUGCCUUCUCCUCUCAUCCGUGUCCUAACCACUGCAGUAGGAGUAUGUUUGCAUCCGUUAUUUUAGCUUUAUGUUUAAGUGGUUUUAUUGCUCACAAGUUCCCUAUACCAAGCAGUUAUUUUUAAUUUACAUACCAAUUACAGGAUGACAGAUGACAUAGUACUGGAGAGAACAUUCUGGGGGGCGCCUGGGUCAACUUACCACCUAACCACAAGGUCUCU